AUGGGCCCAUUCACUGCACUUGGCGCCGACGAUCUGUUUGGGGGCGAGAGAUGGAUGAAAGGCUCGGCCCGCCCAGACGCCGAUGAGCAGCCCAGCCAGAAAAACACCCCCGCCCCCUGCACCCUCCUGCCCACCCAGCAUCCACUCGACUCCAUCGGACUUCAAAUAAUACAAUAUGCUACCCUGUCAACACCCGACCUCCGGCUCGUCAAGCAGAGGCUCAACCUAGUCAAGCACAUCUCAGAUAUCAUCCAGGGCUCCAAGAUCGGCCGGCGGGAGUACCGCCAGCAGCCUUACACGCUCGAAGUCUUCGGCUCGAUCAGCUUCGGCCUGGACUCCCCCGACUCGGACCUCGACAUCUGCAUCCUGGACCCCGAGCGGCCGCAGGGGCUGCUGGAGGGCGAAGAGGGCAGUCUGAAGAGUCUGCCGAAGGUGUACGCGGUCAAGAAGCUGGCCCAGGUGUUCUACCAGGCCCAGUUCCGGGACAUCAAGCCGAUCCCGCUGGCCAAGACGCCGAUCGUGAAGCUGCGCAGCCCCACCGGCCGCUUCUCGAUCGACCUGAACUGCAACAACCGGCUCGGCUGCCGCAACUCUGCGCUCCUCCGCGCCUACCACGACCUCUCGCCGCUCGUCUUCAGGGCGCUCGGCAUGGCCGUCAAGCAGUGGGCCAAAGCGCGCGGCUUCUGCGACCCCUCCGGGCGCAACGGGCCCAUCUCCGCCUCCUCCUACACCCUCAUCCUCCUCCUCAUCGCCUACCUCCAAGCCAUCAACCAUCUGCCCAACCUCCAGGACCCGGAAUACAUCCAGCACCUCUGCGGCCACCCCUGUCCGGACCUCAUCCGCAUCAUCAAGACCCCCGUCCAGCCCGCCAAGCCCCUCAAACCCCCCGCCCCCCGUCCGUCCCCCAGCCUCCAGGCCAUCAACACCAGCUUUGUCCCCGCCCCGCCGGCCCCCUUCCACUGGACCCAAGCCCACUCGGCAGACCGGAUCGGCGACCCGGCCGGGCUGAACCGUCUGGUGGCCCAGCUGCUGCUCGGCUUCUUCGCCUUCUACGACGCCUUCGACUUCCGCUCCUACAUCGUAUCCAUCCGCGACGGCCGGCCCCUCCGCCGCCCCUCGGGCCCGCCCUCGGCAGACGAGCCGGGGAUGGCCGGGCUGCUGGCCGGGCUGAAGGCCGACCUGUGCGCCAAGGCCCGCUACCCUUCGCAACCCUCCGAGGACGAGGACGAGGACGAGAUCACGUAUGUGCCCUUCGUCCGCCGCGAGGGCGUCGCCGAGCAUGUCCAGCGCCUCCACGACGCCCAGGCCCUCCGCCAGCCCCCCCGCCCCUCCGUCCCCCCUGCGCGCCGUCCGGACACGGCAGAGGACGACAGCCUGUCCGGGUCGACCAGGGUCGACGGCGGCUGCUGGCCCCGCCGCGCCCCGGGCCCGCUUUCUGAGCCCUCCCCGGGCCGGGAUCGGGCCCCGACGCAUCUCCACUGGCCCCACCCGCUCGUCGUCGUCGACCCCUUCCUGCACGAACGGAACACCGCCGGGAACAUCAAGCCCGCCGUCCUGGACCUCAUCCGCACCGAGUUCGCGCGCGCACGCAGGCUCCUCGAGGCCGGCGGCUCGCUCGACGCCUUGUUCGGCCUCUCCUGA